AUGCCAUCUUGUAAAAAGAUUCGUGAAGAGUUGAUCGAUUGCAUGCUCAAGUCAGAUUGUGUACUAGUUAAAAGACUUACUAUUAAAGCAUCCAGAUAUUCAUUACAAAAUUUCUUUAUUGAAGAAUGUUUUAAACCUGAAAAUUAUGAUGACGUUCCUAGAGAUUGUCAUAGUAUUCGUAAAAGUUUUUUUGAGUGUCGAAGAGGUUUGAACUAG